AUCAAUCAUUCGCAAUUGGCAAUAAAUAUCAACUUUCGUGCUUUUUUUUUUAAACACGAAAUUUAUAUUAAUAUCAGGAUUAAAAUCAAAAGUCCUACGAAACAUGGCGGAUCUUAAAGUUUGCCGAAUCUGUCUUCGAAUUGGGGGUAAAAUGUACGAAGACGAUCAAUUUCAAUUAAAUAUGUACUACGAAAAUGUCAUCGCACUUAAAAUUAUCAAGAUGGACCAUGUGCCUCUAUAUUUCUGCUACGAAUGUGCUAUGCUACUAUACAAGUUUCACAAAUUCAAGGAGAAAUGCCAUUACAGCCAGAGAAAACUUAAAUCUUUACUUGUAAGACCACCUAUAACAUAUCAAGCUAUAAAUAGCAUAAAAACAAAUAACAAAGAAAUGUAUACAAAUCUUUCUAUAGCAACAGUUAAUAAAAGAGUUAAAACUUACCUUUUUAAUGAAACGCCAGAUGAAAUAAUUAAAAAAAAUAAAAGUGAAGACAAAAAAGGUGAUGAAAUAUAUAAUAGUGAUGAUUGUGCAUUGGAUGAUCAUUUGAAUGAUGUUAAUAUAAAGAAUGAAGAUUCCCCAAGAUCUGAUGUCUCAUCACCUAUGCAUUCAUCAAGUGACUCCGACUUUUUUCCCAAACAAGAUGUUACAGAAGUUUUCAUUAAAGAUGAUGUAUUAAAGACUGAAAUAUUUAAAGUCGAAUGUCCUGAAACAGAGAAAAACAGUGACGAAACAGAAAAUAGAGAUAAAAAAUUAGUUUCAAAAGAUAGAUGUCUUAGAAAAAGAAAGAAAGAAGUAUUAAAUACACAGAAGAAUUACAAGUUUACAACGAGACAGAAAAGAUAUCUAGAUUCAAAUAAAUGGAGAAAGAUAAGUCUGAAUGAAGAAGAAGCGAUAAGAGACUUUGAGAAGAGAGCGAUAGAUCCGAAGUAUGUACAGGCUACGUACCAUUGUAAGGAUUGUUACAAAUUUUUCUCGAAAGAAGAUAUCAUGUUGCGUCAUUUCAAAUUGAGACAUAAUCCGUCCAUAGGUCCAUUUGAGUGCCGUUUCUGUCAUUCCCGCUUCAGACUGGAGUGUCAUUUGCGUAAACACAUACGUACACAUUAUACCAAGUAUCAAUGUUUGGUCUGCAACCUCGUUGUGGCGAUUGAAACGACAGCGUUAAUGCAUGAAGAGACACAUGCGGGGAUAACACGAGCUUGCAAAUAUUGUGGGGAACAGUUCAGACAUAUGUCUACUUAUUAUACACAUUUGCGUACACAUCGUAGUAGACAUGUGUGUGCUCUUUGUGGAGCUUCCUUUGUCAGUGCUGCUGGACUUCAUCAACACAAACGUGUCACACAUGUUGGCAGAGAGGAGUGUACAGAGAGUGCUGAAAGUGAAAAUACGUUUUGUGAGCGAUGUCAGAUCAAAUUUGAGUCUAGCGACGCGUACGCAGAACAUCUGCAGUCAUCAGCUCUACACGCAGAUGUCGACAAAGAGGAUGAUGAAGAAGUACCAGCUCCUAAACGACGUUCCAAACGGUUAAGGUUCACUUUCACUAGACGAAGAAAACCAAUGGAUUGCUAUCAAUGUGGUAAACAUUUUUCAACACAAAUGGAGUGUAUGAACCAUCAUCAGAAGGAACAUCCUGGCACCUCAUUCUGUCCCCCCAGUGAGAGGCAUAUUUGUGAAAUAUGUGGAGCUUCGUUAGCUCCGGGCAGUAUAGCGAUGCAUCAGAAUUUACACACGCGGGAGAAGAUCUACAACUGCGAGACUUGUGGCCGACAGUUCUAUUCAACUGCUGGUCUUAAGCGACAUCGUGUGACUCACACAGGAGAGAAACCUUACGAAUGUCCGCUCUGUGAGAAACGUUUUACACAAAAUAAUAGUAUGAAGCUACAUUAUAGAACAAUUCAUUUGAAGCAACCAUAUCCUAAACGGAUAAGAUCGAAGAAGAAAGAUGGCGGAUUAAAAUCUGUACCGAUGGAAAGUGAAGAGGAAAUGUACUAGAAUUAACUACAUUCACUAAAAGAACGAAUGACUGAAUGAUUAUUUUUU